GAUAAAACCCGGAGAAACCUUCCAUUGUGAAACCACCAAUCACGUGAUUAAUUCGCGGCCGGCUGGUUCCAUCUCGUCCUACUCUUCCCGUAUGGCACGAUCAAGUACCUCUGCCUCGAUCAUCUCAUCGCGCCCUUGCUUCAUUCAAGAUGAACGCUGCUACCGCUCUCCGGGCCAGAAUGGCCACCUCGUUCGUUGCCCGCCGCGGCUUUUCGACCACCCGCACCCAGCUCGGCAGUCCUUACCACUACGCUGAGGGUCCUCGCUCCAACAUCCCCUUCAACCCUCUCACCAAAUACUUCUUCUUCAGAUACUGGGCUUUCAUGAUCACUGGCUUCGGCACGCCCUUCGCCAUUGCUGUCUGGCAAACCUACAAGGCCCGUUAAAUCCGCUCCCGCGCGUUACUGGGUAUCUGGCAAUGGUGGAAAAGUGUUGAGUUGGGCAACUCGUAUAUCUUGUAUAAAUCUAGAGAAUUCAUUCAGCUUUGAACCAGAAACUUUUCUGUGCUGUUUUCUAUAUUAGCAGUGGAUGUAAUUGUGUUUGGGAGUUCCCCAGAGCCGUAGUGCACAGAAACAUUAUUAGUAUAUGGAUGAAGUCAUUGGCCGAUUUUUUGUCUGCGAA